UUUUGGCUUUGAUCACGCUCGCAACAUGUCAACAAACACCAAAGUCACAUUGGAGUGAAUCCGGGCCGUAACAGAUAUCACAGUAUGAUCGUAUAUGUGCGGUUUAACUCCAGCCAUGGGUUCCCAGUGGAGCUGGAAAAAGGUGCGAGUGUAGCUGAGCUGAAAGAGACGGUGGGACGUUUACAGGGAGUACAGCCUGAUCGACUGCGGGUCAUCUUUGCUGGACGAGAGCUCUGCAAUGAAUCCACACUUCAGGGCUGCGAUCUCCCUGAGCAGAGCACGGUUCAUGUGGUUCUGCCCCCAUCCACCUAGCGCUCUGAGCUGGUUCAGGAGCAGAGGAUGGACGGCGGGAUGGAGAGCUUGACCAGACUCGACCUCAGUGGCUCCCGUCUGACCAAUGCGUCUGAAGGCCUGGCUGUCAUUCUGGAGACAGAUGUGUCCAGACAGGCGAACUCCGUUGGACACACAGAAGCUAAAGCCCACAGCAGUUUCUACGUCUUCUGUAAGACAGUCUGCAAGGCCGUUCAGCCUGGAAAACUACGGGUUCGGUGCAGAGACUGCAAACAAGGCACUCUUACUCUCAGCAGGGGGCCGUGCUGCUGGGAUGACGUCCUUCUCCCCAAUAGGAUUUAUGGAGUAUGUCAGUCACAAGGCUGUGAAGGCAGAGUGGCAGAGUUCUACCUAAAAUGUGCUUCCCACCCCACCUGUGAUAAUGACUCUUCAGCAGCUCUGGACUUGAUAAUGCCCAACACACGCAGAGUGCCCUGCAUCACCUGCACUGACAUCAUGACUCCAGUGCUGGUGUUUCAGUGUGCUGAGCGUCACGUGAUCUGCCUGGAGUGCUUCCACCUGUACUGUGUGACCAGACUCAAUGAGCGACAGUUUAUCCAGGAGCCGCUGGUGGGCUACUCUCUGCCCUGCGCAGCCGGCUGUCCUGAUUCACUCAUUAAAGAGGUUCAUCAUUUCCGAGUCCUGGGAGAUGAGCAGUAUGAGCGCUACCAGCGAUACGCGGCGGAGGAGUGUGUUCUUCAGAUGGGUGGAGUUCUGUGUCCCGCUCCAGGAUGUGGUGCUGGUCUACUUCCUGUGGAUGAUGGCAGGAGAGUCUGCUGUGAGUUAGGGAAUGGACUCGGCUGUGGGUUUGUGUUUUGCAGAAACUGUAAGGCUGAGUAUCACGAGGGUCCCUGCAGACAGAGGACAGACACUGCAGCAGGAAGUGCCCUACAGGGUUAUAUUGUAGAUGAAGAAGCCGCUCUUCGUGCCCGUUGGGAACAGGCAUCGCAGGAGACCAUAGCCGAAACCACUCACCCCUGCCCCAAAUGCCAAGUUCCUGUGGAAAAAAAUGGUGGCUGUAUGCACAUGGUGUGUCCGCGUCCGCAGUGUAAGUUUGAAUGGUGCUGGCUCUGUCGUGUGGAGUGGAACAGAGAAUGUAUGGGCAAUCACUGGUUUGGUUGAGUCGGAUACGCUCUCACCACGAGCUUAACUCAGGAAAUGAAGCCAAAUGGAAACCUUGCAGGACGCUAGAAAAUCAUUAGCAAGUUGAAUCAUAAUCACUGUUACUGUUGUGAGGUACAUAUCAUGAAAUGCUGCUGACAUUCAAAAGUAUCUGUGGUAACCACAAUAUUUUGGCUGUGAUGGAAUAAAAUUCUACUGUUAUUCUAGUAAAAUGUUUUCAUAAAAUCUUGAGUCAUCUUUUCCUUUAAGUCAGUGAAUUUCAACAUAUCUGAUUUGCUAAUGGGAGUGUUGUUGUAUUACUGACUAUGCUUGAUAACCACAAUGACAAUGUUCCAGGUUUUUCUCACCCCAUUCUAGAAAAUAUUAUUAAUUCCUGUGAUCAAAGCUGAAUUUUCAGGAUUAUUACACCAGUCUUCAGUGUCACAUGAACCUUCAGAAAUCAUUCUUAUAUACCAAUUUGCUGCACAAGAAACAUUUCUUCCUAUUAUAAACAUAAUUUUGUGGAAACUGUGAUAUAUUGAAAAUGUAAAUCUUUUAAUUAAUUAAUGAAAUAAUGUCAUGCAUCCUUACUGAACUGAGGUAUAGAAAAAAUAACAAAAAAAAAGGUAAUUGCAACUUUUUAUCUCACAUUUCUGACUUUUUUAAAAUUGCAUGAUAAAAACUGACAUUUCUGAGUUUUUUCUCAGAAUUGUAUGAUAUAAACUUACAAACACAAGAAAUAAAGUCAGAACUGUGAGAUAUAAACUUACGGUUAUGAGUAAUAUAGUCAGAAGUGCAGGAUAUUAACUCGCAAAUCUGAGAAAUUAAGUCAGAAUUGCGUAAUAUAAACUUAAAAAAUGUGUUAUAAAGUCAGAAUUGUGAGAUAUAAACUCACAAUUCACGAAAUAAAGUCAGAAUUGCAAGAUAUAAACCUACAGUUACGAGUUA